UGUAAACAUGGACAUUUUACAACUGACAACUGCAUUCACUGCAUGAACUUGUCAAUCGGGAUCGUAAUUGUGUAUCACCAACAAAAACCGUUUCCUCAUACCAGAGCAUUUAUAGGUUGAUAAACAAUGUCCUGGGUGGGGGACUACCAAAAAGUGAAAGUGAGAGUGAAAGAGAGAGAGAGAGACAGAGAGAGAGGCUGACUUAAAUCUUUGUGCUGGUGUUGGUAUUAAUUCACUGUCUUGGUGUGGAGAGAUUAACACAAUCACCAUGUUGCUUCCUCUGCUGCUGCUGCUGGUCUGCAGCUCCCAGGCCAGUCAUUUCUAUGGCACAGUGAUGACUUACUACCCCCAAAACACUGAUACAACUGGAUCUAUCACGGUGGUCCUUCGCUAUAAGCUGAACUUCCACUCAUGUGGUAAUGACGACACAUGGUCAUGCUUCAGUGGGGACUGUGGGACUCAGACCUCUCUAGAGUUGAAUGAGGUCUACGAGGAGAGUGGAGGGGAGUGGUGUCAGAGAGAGGGGAUCAUGACUCGACAGGUUCCCAGCAACGCUCCGUUUCAGCUGAGAUUAGACUCUGCUGCCUGGAUCAGUAACAUUGUAAAUGGCAUCUCAUCUUGGAGAGCUGUGACUCUGGUGGAGCUGAGGAACCGGUCUGACACCGGCCAAGCCAACAGAUCACCCCAGACCACCAUACUGCCAGCUGUGAGGGUUCCUUCAAACUGUAGGAGAGAUUUCAGCCUGUUGGCGUUUGACCCUGAUGGGGAUGAGGUUAGAUGCAGAAAUGGAAACGCAGCACUGUCAGAGUGUAACCCCUGCACGCCGCCGUCUGUUCUCACCCUGUCAUCACCUUGUACCCUGUCAUUCAGCCCCACCAGUAGCACUAAUGAAGGUCCAUACGCGGUACAGUUGGUGAUGGAGGACUUUCCCAGGCAGAGCAUCACCUUGACUCAAACCAGUGGCUCUCAAGAGGUGAAAACUACCAACGACGCCAUCAGCAAAAUACCUGUUCAGUUUGUUUUAAGGGUGGACCCUGCGGUGCCGUCCUGCACAGAGGGACUCUAUCUGCCCAAGUUCCUGCCUCCAACCCCAGCCAAUGGAGCCCGGCUGUACACCCCUGUCAGUCAGACCCUGGAAAUCAGGAUCACUGCAGAGGCAAAUACUUCUAUGAUUUCUGAGCUACUGUUCAGUGGGCCGCACAAUAUAAACCGGACUACAUCAGGAACAGGAGAGUUUAUCCUGAGAUGGACGCCAUCGGAGGACGAAGAUGGAGAAAGCCUCCCCAUCUGUUUUGUCGUCCAGGCAACCACCUCAGUCAAGUAUCACUCGGAGCUGCGGUGUGUCAUUGUGACUGUUGAAAACGAUGGUACUGCUGUUUCUACAGUGACACCACCAGUUACCACGGUUACCACACCUGACAACUUGACAAACACUACUCAAGUUUUCAACCAAAGCACAACAAUAACUACAGCCUCUCCGCCAACAACGACACAACAAAGUACCAUCACUACACCUGAAUGGAGGACGUUGUUUACGAGACGCUGUGCUGUGUUAGUCAGUCUCAGCGCUUUUGUGGCCUGCAUUGUAAUGUUGAUUUACUUACAAUGUAGAACAUAAACAACGUUGAUCACAUAACUGCAGCUGCUGGGACAACUUUCAGGUUCAAUUGCAUGUUGAAAUUUGUAAUAAAUACAUGAACAAACUCUUACAAAUGUUUCUGAUGAUUCCACCUCUGUUCAAAAUAUACCAAUCAGAUCACAUUUCCAUUUGUAAUCCAAUGGAUUAUGUGACUGAUGACCAAAAUUUCCACAUAAACCGCGAUCAGUGACUGCCUACAUUUCAAAGCAGUAUAACCCUGCAUCGGGUCCUCUAUUGAUCAGCUGUAAAAUGGGAGAAGCAGCUAUUGUACAAAGGAAAUCAGACCGAUUUUUGUUUGUCAGACAUCUGGUAAUUUCUCAGUGGGAUCACAUUUAGCUCCACCCAAGCUCCACUCAUGUCUGUGGCGGCUCUGGAGCAAAUGAUCACCAGCUAAAAUGAAACGUCCAGUUUAAAUUUGUGGAACCAUGAUGCUUGUACGUGUUACUGUGUAUGUUUGUAGUGUUUUAAACUCAGGACGUGGUUACCUUCAUGUGAGUUCACAGAAUGGAGUCUGGUCUUUCUCUUGUCUUUAUAUAUUACUCUGUUAUUUUUAUAUUUUGCGUGGAACUUACUUGCUACUUUUAUAUGCUUCUUUGUUUUGCAGCCCUGGAACAACAAUUUGCUGCGGGAUCAAUAACGUUCUUAUCUUAUCUUGUCUCACAUAACAGAUAUUUAAAAGUGAAUUUUAAUGGUAUUCCUGUCAGUGAACCCAUUUCACUCAGCUUUGUGCUUUCUCCUCCAGCUUAAACAUGAACUGGUGAGAUAUGGGCUGCUGUCAGUCAUCACUCUUUGCCUUGUCAGUAGCAUCCAGCUGGAACCUACCAACACUAACGUGAACACUUACGGACAGUAAUCCAAAGGUGAAAACAAAUGAUCAUCACUGUGAUGAUGAUGGGGUCUUACGUAUUGGUUUUGAGGCUUGUUUCAGUUGUGGUUGUAGAUGGAAUUUGUCCAAGCUUUAGUUUGGACAUAUAAAUAGAUGUGGCAGGCAACAACAGGCUUUUAAUAUUUGAUUUUGGAGCUUGUAGAAGGCUAAUACUGUACCUACAAGAACCGGGAAGAUGUUACCGACAAAAGGUACAGAGAGUUUGUAAGGAAAGACAGUGCAGCUAAAACUAAUAUGAUGAAUCAACCAUACCUUUUUGGAGGUUAUACUGUACAAUUUGUGUUUGCUGAUGGAUUGUGCAACACUGUGAGAUGUGUCUUUAGUCUAUAAUCUUUGAAAUAAAAGGACGAAACAACUCACUCAAAGCACUCCUCUUGAUGUCGGUAUUUGUUGUUGACAGGUUGUACCAACUUUGUGCCCGUGUUCCUGAUUUUUAUUUAUUCCUUUAUUUUCUAGCCUAAAUACACAAAACGAUAAAACCUGUUGCCAUGUGCCAAGCUUUACUGUGCAAAUGUAAUGUACAGCACUGGAUGAUCAUUAUCUCAUGACUGCUUUGGUGUGAGUUUCUGUCUGGGGCACUGACAGUUUGCCCCGGUGUCUCUGACAUUCCUUUGGUACAAGCUACCUUCUCGCAUUAUAUAAUAACAGCAUCAACUUGUCUCAGGAAUAUUCCAAAUUAAAGGGUCAUUUUGUCCAUUGGAGCGUUUGCUGUGAAGUUUGUUCUUAACUAGAUCAAGGGUCAAAGGAGUGAGGGUGUCGUGCAAAAUGUCCCACGUCUGUUAGAUAUGAAGCUACAGCUAGAAGCCGAUUAGGUUAGCAUUGCGCAGAGACUGGAAACUUUGAAACAGCACAAAAUCCGUAGCUAAUUAACACUUCAUACCUUGCUUGUUGAGUUUGUAGAAAUACCAGAGUGAAACAAUGACAAUUUCUUGCCAGAUGCAGUAACCUAUUUCCUGCAUUCAGCUGCUUUGUGACAGUGCCAGGCUUGCUGUUUCAACUGGAUCACCAGGAGAUAACCGGACGUUUACAGCAGCUACAUGUUCAACAGACAGAUAUAUGAGUGAUAGCAAUUUUCUUAUCUAACCCAUGUUUUACUUCUGCAUUGUUUGGAUUUUUGGCUGAAGCAUCACAGUCACACAAAAGCCUUUGAAACAGGAUGAAACAACCGCUAAAUCUCUUUGCUAUCUCUCUCAGACUUCCUUCAAAAUGCUAUUCGCCUUUGACCCCGAUGGAGACGAGGUUUGGUGCAGAUACGGAAACACAACACUGUCAGAGUGGAACCCCUGCAUUUCUGCUGAAUGAAAUGAGAGAUAUUCUUCCUAAAUAAGCCCUGAAAUGCAUUUCAUGACAGCAAAGACAUUUUUGGCCUUGUCUUCCUUUGUUUUCAUCCUUGUGCAGUCUGUCAUUCAGCCCCACCAGUAGCAGUGAUGAAGGUCCAUACGCAGUACAGUUAGUGAUGGAGGACUUUCCCAGGCAGAGCAUCACCUUGACUCAAACCAGUGGCUCUCAAGAGGUGAAAACUACCAACGACGCCAUCAGUUUAUUUUAAAUGGUCAGAGUUCACAUUUUGACAGGCUGGACUUAUUGUUAAGUCUCACUGACGUGUUACUCUCUUUUGCUGAGUUGAUUUUAGGCUCAGUUUUUGCAGAAUUAAGAUGCCAACCAUGCAAGGCACAAGAAUUCUUUCUGCCAAACUUCCUGCUUCCAAUUGCAGCCAACAGAGCUCGACUGAAGACCUCGGUCAGUCAGACCCUGGAAAUCAGCAUCAGUGCACAAGCAGAUAUCACCAUGUCGGACAAAGGGAAGCAAAGUCAUUUUGGACACAGAUGCCACGUUAAACUGUGAGUUAAACCUUCCGGAUACGAGUGCUGCCAUCUCAGAAGUAGUUUGGAAGAGUCAGCUCAAGACCAAAGAAACAAUAAAA